CAAUUCAAAGUAAAGCCCUGGCCAAAGGAGGAUUAUGGGAAAUUUUUCUCUGGAGAUUCAUACAUUGUCUUAAACACUUACAAAAAUGAAGGGGAAGACGAACUGAAAUAUGAUGUUCAUUUUUGGAUCGGCAAGGAGAGCACACAGGACGAAUAUGGCACUGCAGCCUACAAAACUGUAGAACUGGAUACCUAUCUAAACGAUGCCCCAAUUCAGCACCGGGAGGUGCAGGGUCAUGAGUCUGAGCUAUUUAAAUCCUACUUCAAGACUAUCACAAUCAUGAAUGGAGGUGCUCAGACUGGCUUUCGACAUGUACAGCCAGAAAAGUACAAGCCCAGACUCCUCCACUUCUCGGGGCAGAAGAAAAACAUUGUAGUUAGAGAGGUGCCUCUGAGCAAGAAACAGAUCAAAUCUGAUGAUGUUUAUAUCCUUGACCUUGGUACAACUAUUUACCAAUGGAAUGGUUCUGGAAGCAACAAAGAUGAAAGAUUUAAGUCAUCAGUUGGAAGAUUUAAACAUCCGUUCUUCAAAGCCCUGACCGCUGAAAAUGAUGAUGAUGACAAUGAAGAUGAGGUAGAUUCCCAAGAUACAACAGUAGAAUUGUUCAGACUGUCUGAUGCCAGCGGCAAGUUGACUUUCAAAGUCGAGAAGAAAGGAACAGUGAGCCAAAGAGACCUGGACUCAAAGGAUGUGUUUAUUCUUGAUACUAAGAAAUCUCUGUUUGUGUGGGUGGGUAAUGGCACGUCCCAUGGAGAAAAGAAGAAUGCAUUACAGUAUGCUCAUGAAUACCUCAUGAAGACCAGCCAUCCUUUCAUUCCAGUGACCUGCCUAAAGGAAGGUCAGAAAAACCAGGAAUUCCAGGCAGCCAUUGCUGCUUGA